AUGUCGUCGUACGGAGAGGUGCAACCAGGCAAAUUGAACCGGUGUCCACCACCCUCUGUUGCAUGGAGCCCCACGACUAUAUCCGAAAACCGGAAGCCCAAAAUAGCUGGAUUUUCUGGGUCGGUAGCCCCCGGAUUGACUAAACGAACCCUACUACCUAUCGUUCCGGAAAUCAUGCGUGCCAACGGGAAAGAGACUCAUCUCUUCGCUCUCCUCGACGGUGGUAGUGAAAUAUCUGUCAUCACAAAAGAGAAAGCAACGCUCCUCGGGCUUGAAGGUCGCACGGAACGAGUCAUUACAAAAACUGUCGACGGAGAAAGCCAACCGACCGCUCACAAGAUAGUUAAAUUCGACAUCGCUUCGCUAGACGGCCGUUUCACCUUCAAUAUCAUGGACGUGCACGUAAUGGAUACUUUCCGUCUAAACAAAAACUCCAUCGAUCUGACGAGUCUUUCAAAGAAAUGGCCACACCUCGCUCUUGUGCCAAUUUAUUCGGUGCUCGACGAAGACGUCGCUAUCCUUAUCGGGCAGGACCAUCCCGCUGCAAUCGAGAUCUUCGAGACCCGAAAAGAUCCGUACAAUCAACGUGCGCCUCGUGCUUAUCUCACGGCAUUUGGGUGGUGCGUGGCUGGUCCCACUGCACGACCCGAAGACGAGAGCCGGAACUGUUUCCAUCUCAGCUUAGCUGAGAACCGAUGUGACACAUUGCUACAACAGUUCAUCGAGUUCGACAUUUUUGGAAUAAAGCCAAACGUUGUGAAGCCCAUCAGCCCAAACGAAAGCCUGGAAAAUCUUGAAAUAUUGUGGAAGUUGGAUGAUUCAGCCUUACCCAACAACUUCUUCGCAGCCCAACGACGUAUUAUCAACACUUACGUCCAGCUCAAACAGGCCCACAAAUUAACGAAAGAAGAAAUUGAUGCUGGACCUCCUAAUCGGACGUGGUACAACCCUCACCAUCCAGUGUUCAAUCCGAACAAGCCGGGAAAAUGUCGUGUUGUAUUCGACCUAUCCGCCAAGUGCCAUGGAACAUGCUUAAACGAUGUUCUACUGCGAGGUCCAGACCUUCUUACAAAUCUCGUCGGAAUACUCCUCUUCUUUCGACAAUAUGCCGUUCCGCUCGUCGCUGACAUAGAGAAAAUGUUCCAUCAGGUCAGGGUGCGGCCUAUCGACGGACCGGCGUUCCGGUUUCUCUGGCGUGAUCCUGGUUCAACCAAACCAGUAGAUGUUUACAGGUGGAUGUGCAUCUUUUCGGCGCCGUUUCCUCUCCAGCUGUUUGCUCGAACGCUUUACAACAAACAGUUAAGGACUACGGCAACGAUAAUCUUCUCCGGCACAUUACAAGCCAUCUCUACCGCUCAUAGUUUAACCGAGACGUUGGGAAAGGGUGGUUUUCCGCUCACUCAAUGGGCAACAUCCAAUUCCAUCGUCCGUCAAUCUCUGACUGGCCAACAACUCGAUGGAACAGUCAUUAACAUGGAUCUUGACGCCGAACCCAUCGAAAGAACUCUCGGACUGGUGUGGAAUUUCCAUCUCGACGCCUUUAUCUUGGGAGCCUCCGUAAGAACAGACGGUCGGACUAAACGUGACCUCCUGAAAGCCAUUUUCAGCAUCUUCGACCCACUCGGUUUCCUCGUUCCAAUAGUGUUUCAGGCCAAGUUCCUGAUGCAGGAUAUUUGGCGGCAAAAAUUCGACUGGGAUGAAGAAUUGGAUCAAGACAUAAUCGAUCGCUGGAUCCAAUGGGCGCGUCCGUUACCUUCACUUAAUGGCCUCGUUUUAGACCGCUGCAUUACACCGGCUAGCGACGAUGUCGUGGCGACGGAGCUCCAUGCCUUUGGGGAUGCGUCGGAAAUGGGGUAUGGUGCAGUCUGUUAUGCCCGUUUCGUCUACCGUAACGGAACAGCCAAUACCCGCCUCCUCAUCUCCAAGACGAGAGUUGCACCAUUAAAAUUCAUGACCAUUCCGCAUCUUGAAUUGAACGCAGCUGUACUAGCUGCUCGUUUGGCCGCCCAGGUGCGAGAAGAACACGAUCUUACAUUCGGAAAAACCACUUAUUGGUCCGACUCGACAACCGUCCUCAGCUGGAUUAAAUCCAGCUCCUGCCGCUUCCAUACGUAUGUCGGCAACCGAAUAGGAGAAAUCCUAGAAACUUCUUCAUUCAGUGAAUGGAACUAUGUCCCGAGCACCGCCAAUCCUGCUGAUGAUUCAAGUCGAGGACUCGAUGCAACGGAGUUCAACAUGGAACAUCGUUGGUUCUCGGGACCAGACUUCCUUAAAUUCUCUACCGACUGGCCAUGUAAUCCAUCCUUCUCACCGAUGGAAUCAAACGACCCAGAAAUCCGUGAGACUACGUGGGUUGGCCAAGUCCAAUUGCGGAACAAUGAGAUCGACCAGUUAAUCGGAAGAAAGUCAAGAAUCCACAUCAUCAUUCGCACCGUCGAAUAUUUCUUUCGGUUCAUUGCAAACGCGCGCAAGAACCCAGAACAGAGAAAGUUGGAUGGUCUUUCCGCAGAAGAGAUAAGCUUAGCUCGCAAUGUUCUUCUUCGACACGCACAGUCCAACGUUUACUGCAAUGAGGUGGACGAUUUACGGGCCGGCCGUCAAAUCGAAAGCAGCUUCAGCCUCAUCAAACUAUCGCCAUACAUGGAUCAUCGUGGUUUGUUGUGUGUUGGCGGCCGUAUAGACAAAGCGCCUCUCCCAAUGGACACUCGUCACCCGAUCAUCCUUCCAAGUUAA